AUGUCCAGACUCAAGUUACCCACACUCGUUCUCUACCCAAGGACAACCUCAACAACCAAGACCAUGUGUGGCAGCUACUACGGAAACUACUAUGGCGGCCGUGGCUAUGGAUGCUGUGGCUAUGGAGGCCUGGGCUAUGGCUAUGGAGUCCUGGGAUGUGGCUAUGGUGGCCUGGGCUAUGGCUAUGGCUGUGGCUUCCGCAGACUGGGCUGUGGCUAUGGCUGUGGCUAUGGAUAUGGCUCCCGCUCUCUCUGUGGCUGUGGUUAUGGAUGUGGAUCAGGCUUUGGAUACUACUAUUGA